GCCAGGGACCCGAACACAGCUCUCGCUUUGGGAGUACAGAGAUUGGAUGGCCCUGAGGAGAGACCCCCUUACCCCAUACUCCCGCAGCACCUCCCACAGUUUCUCCCGGGGGACCCGGUCAUACGCCUUCUCCAGAUCCACAAAACACAAGUGGACCGGAUGGGCAUACUCCCAGGCCCCCUCCAGGAUCCUUGCGAGAGUGAAGAGCUGGUCCGUAGUUCCACGUCCGGGGCGAAAACCGCAUUGUUCCUCUUCAAUCUGAGGUUCGACGGUCGGCCGAACCCUCCUUUCCAGCACCUUGGAGUAGACUUUACCAGGGAGGCUGAGAAGUGUGAUACCCCGAUAAUUGGUACACACUCUCUGGUCCCCCUUUUUGAACAGGGGAACCACCACCCCGGUUUGCCACUCCUUUGGCACUGUACCCGACUUCAAUUAGAAAUGGUUGUGGAAAAAUGGAUCAACAGCGCCCCCUAAAAUGCAGCAAUUCUGUCUGUUUUAACCGAUCGUGGCAGUAGAUCAUGCCAAGGGGCUCUCCCACACACAGCCAGAGACACAACUUAUGUCACAAGGUGUGACCGGGGCUUGUCGUCAAAGUUCGACGAUUCUCCCAAAAAAAGGAAUUUAUUAUAACUCCUCUGUGCAUUGUCCGAUCAGCCUCAAACCUCUUUCACACAAUCACAGUGCCGCCCUGAUCAGAGCCAUAUGUUAAUAUUGACUCAUCGUCACAGCGCCACCUACUGGCAACAGGAAGUGACAUGUUUUAUACUUUGACGCACUGCUCCUGCUUUACAAUAUAUCGCUCAAAUGAGCUCAGACAAGUCAGAAGACCUUCACAGUCAGAAUUGGGACUUUUUCUCAAACCAUGUAAGCAUUGAGGUGCGGCAAAGGUUGAUCCUUCGCCAAAGAAGACUUAUUAGAAUUAUUCUUCCACUGUGCAUUGUCCAAUCAGCCCCAAAUUGCUCACCCUUCUAAAAAAAACGACCUGAACCUGUCUGUCUGUUGUGUGCAUGUGUCAAGUUAUAUACAGCCUAUGCCUACCGUGCGCAAAAGUGCUGCUCGCGCCUAGGCUAUUUCAUUGUUUAGCCUUGGUAGGCUAUGUGCGUGGUGCGCCAACUUUUUUAUGAGAUAGAGACCCCUUAGAGACAAAAAGAUAAUUCGAACCUUGCUUUUAUCAAAAUUGUUUUUUAAUUUGUAAGUAAGUAACCAAGUCUCAGCAUAGAUUGCAUCAUGGGUCUGGAUCUCCCCAGAACCCCUCAAACCUUGCAACUUAAGCUCCUUCUUCUGCAACAGUCCUUCAAUGGCACACAAAACCAAAGCUUGUCCAUUAGAAUUCCUCACCUCCCUGUUUGCAAACUUUUACCAUAUGAACCAUCUUUGCUUCUCCUCUGGUAGUGAUCUGUUGACUAUUCAGUAUGCAACUUAAAUAGAAUUUGCAGUAGUAUUUGCAUCACAGAGCUUGAACUUCCAGAGAACAGUCGACUUCCUUUACCUCUUAUUAUAAGACACAUAUUGUGCAGCCUGAUAUAGUUUAAUAAUAAUGAAUUAUUUUUAGAUCAGAUAUGAACAUUUAAUAUAUUUUAAAUCAAUUAGAUUUACUUAAGGUGAUUUAAAUGUAAGCAAAAUCAUGUGCAUGGAAAUUCAUUCAAUGCUUAUUCCCUGCUGGUUAUAUUUGUCAUAUACUGUCACACCUCUAUGAUCAUGAAACAGGUUUUGCAUUUCAUUUUGUGUGGUAUAAAAAGCCUUAAGAAAUCCAGAUGUUACUUGUUUAUACAUGUAAACAUCCUGCAGGUUUCCCCCUCUUGUAUCACAGAGACAUUCUUCUACAUCAGAGCAGAUCUGUCAAAGAGCUUGUAAAUAAGGUCGCUUUGAAGUGCAAAUCCAAACGUCAAAUCACAAAACAUAACAAAUGAGAAACCACAACAUCAAAUCACAUAAAGAGAUUUUACCCCCACCAAGGAGAUUGUAUGUUUUCGUCUGUGUUUGUGUGAUGCAAAAACUACUUGAUUGAUUAUCAUGAAACUUAAUGGAAGGAUGUGGUAUCAGUCGUGGAAGCACUGGUUACAUUUUAAUUCUGAGUGGGUGCAAUUAUGUCGAGAUCCAAAUGAAAAAGUUACAUUUUGUCACAUGAAAACUUGAAAACAUAAAAGCAGUAAUAGGACAUUAAAAAUAAAUGAAGAAGUAUACAUGAAUAUGAACACCAUAUAUUAAUAUAUAUAUACACCUGAUAGUAGCUAAAAGGCAGCCAAUCAGAUCCUUCUGUUUGAGGCCUCUUCGUUUUCAGCACUGUGGACAGCAUCACAGAGAGGGCGGGCCUUGUUGAAAUGAUUUUGCUCUUUGAUUGGUUGGUUCUGUCCAGCAACAAAUCCCUUGUUGUGUUCCUUGAGGCCCCGCCCCUAUGCUCCCACCCUGGCGGGGAGAUGCGUGCGUGAAAGGAAAAGAUCUGACGUCACGUGGCCGCCUCUUACUCCCGGACAGACCAUCAUCUGAGGAUAAAGACACUUCAUUUGUCCCAUCGAGCGCCACGUUCCUCUGCUGUGAAUCCGUAGGAUGCUUUUUAAACGAACAGGGAUUGUGGCGACAUUGUUGCACUGAACGGGCGUCUGGUUUUCAAGGCAGCUGGUGUUGAAGUUUCCGAUUCUUUUUGCAAGUGGAGGGAAAUACUGAGCACUCAUCAUGGCAGAAAACAACUUCCCUCCCCUGCCUCGAUUCAUCCCCCUCAAGCCAUGCUUCUACCAAGACUUCAGUGAGAUCCCAGACCAGCGUCGCACCAUGUGCAAGAGGCUCUACUACCUGUGGAUCUUGAACAGUGCCACACUGGCUGUGAAUCUGAUUGGCUGUCUGGCCUGGAUGUGCGGAGGUGGUGGAGCGACCAACUUCGGAAUGGCCUUCCUGUGGCUCAUCCUCUUCACCCCAUGCUCCUAUGUGUGCUGGUUCAGGCCCAUCUACAAGGCCUUCAAGACAGACAGCUCGUUCAACUUUAUGGCUUUCUUCUUCGUCUUCAUGGCCCAGGUGGUGAUUAGCAUUAUCCAGACUGUUGGCAUUCCAGGCUGGGGAGUGUGUGGCUGGCUGGCUACCAUCACCUUCUUCAGCACCAACAUCGGGUCAGCUGUGGUCAUGCUGAUUCCCACCAUUAUGUUCACUGCAGUGGCUGUGCUCUCCGUCAUUGCCCUCUCAAAGGUUCAUAACUUCUACCGCGGUAGCGGGGGCAGUCUGGGUAAGGCCCAAGAGGAGUGGACCACCGGGGCCUGGAAGAACCCCCACGUGCAACAGGCGGCUCAGCAGGCAGCCAUGGGUGCCGCGCAGGGCGCCAUACAGCAGGACCAGUACUCAGCAGCUCCCACCUACAACUACGACGACCCAAUGUAGGACAGAGGCGGGGCCAGACUGCAGAGUGGUAGAGAUAUAAAAAGGGAUCAAUUAACACAAAUCAGAACUAGGUGCCCUUCAUUAUGAUACUGUACAAGCUGAAUUUAAAACGAACAAUGUAGAGGAAAGUCAUAUUUCUUGUGGGAUUGUACUUUAUUGAAUUUUGAGUUAUUCCUUUUUAUAUUCCUUUCACAUUUAAAUCAGCCGUUUAUUAAAAAGCCUCUUCUUUUAAAAUAUCUUAUGCUGCUCAAUUUUAGCUGGUCAGUGCGUGUGUUGCUUUUUAAUGGAGACAUAUAAUAUAGCUAAUGCUAAUCCCCUGAGCUUCAUCAGUUUAUUUAGGUCGGUUCAUCUUUGGUCGACACAGGGUGACUUCUCUGCCUCCGCCUGAAGCCACACUUUUAAAACACUCAUUUUUGAUAUGUUUUAAAAAAAUACAACAGCUAUUUCGUAAGCAUGUCUACGUCACCAAAUGCUAAAACAAUUUUGACCCUAGUUAUUAGCGUAAGUUAGCGUAAAGACUAUUCAAAUAUUACAAAAAAUAUACAACUCAACGAAACAAGAUUUAAUAUGUUAAUAGUGAUAAAAUAUUGAUUGAUUGGUGAGCUUUAAAUGUUUUUUUGCAUUUUGACAAAGCUGAAAUGGUUAUUUACAGUCUCAGUUCUGUGCUUAGAGGCUAGCAGUCAGAUUUAUCAUACAGACAUGAGUGGAAUUGAUCUUUUCAUCCAAGUCUUAGCAAGAAAGCGAAUAAUUCCCAAAAUUAUUCCUUAAAAUUUGUGUGUAAUAAAACUUUGAAGCUUUUAUUAAGGAGAAACACUGUCCUUUAAACAAAUAUCUGUAUGUUAAAUCUAUUCUUUUAAUUGAAAAAGAAAAAGUUACAUUUGAACAAAUCUUAAUCAGAAUCAAAAAAAAUAACCCAGCGGCAAUUUCAGCUUUUAAAUCCAGUAGAAACAUUUUACACCCAUGUUUCAAGGACCUGCUUUAUAUCUCUUCUUUUUUGACAACGAUUCCAUUAAAUUCAGAAAAUGUCACAUUCUCAGGAAAUUUGUGAUAGCUGGUUUUAAAUUCUACACCUGUAAAGCCCUUAAAGUGUCAGCGUCUUGGGCCGUUGUCUCCCUUCUUCACCACUAUUUAAUCCUUCUAUGUUUUGGUGUGUUCGGUUUUGUCGUUACCUCCUUUGAGCAGGUUGAUUUCAGUUAAAGGAAUUAUCAUUACAAUGAUCAAGUGAAGCACAUGCAGUAUUUAGGAUUGCAGUUCUUUGGAUAAAACAUUCCAAAGUCAUCGUUGUACAGGUCAAGACGGACAGAAAACCAAAACGCUUGCAGGCUGAACAAUACAGUAAAUAUUAAUAGUUAUUGUUGUCGGUGGUCAUAGCAUUGUAUGAAGUGAUGGAUGUUUCCUCCCUUGGCCAAUUCUUCCACUAAACCCCUACAUGUAAAUGCUUAAAUGGCUACUUGUUUCUGAAGCUCUGGGUUUCAGGCCUUAGUGUGUCAUUUCGUGGCUGUCGGUGUUAUUCCAUGAGUAGGUGUGAUAAUGACAUUUAUAAAAAAGAAAAGAUAGAACAUAAAAUUCAAGACAAUUAUUUAAAGUGAAAGUGAGAGAGCCCUCGUGAGGCCUGACGUGUUCGGAGACAGCGUCAUGAAAAAGUUAGUUUUUUUCCACCUCGUGUCACUUUGAAUCUUCGACACUCAGUAGAUGGUUAUUACAGUGAAACAGUAUUAGACUUGAAACAAAUGUGAAGUAUCUGAAUGCUCGUUAUUUCAAAACCUGUGAAUCGUCUCGUCUGAUCGUGAUGAUGUGGUAUUCAAUAGGCUGUUCGUUGUUUUCCUUUUUUAGGCGUUUUUUGUACCAACCCUUGUUUUUCUUCUUUUGAUGAUAUGUGUGUGAGUGUGACGAACAUGUUCAUUGCUUCUUUACAUGUCUGUGGAAAACUUCUUUUUCUUUAUUCAAUUUUUUGGGGUGAAAAUCUUAAGUAAUGUUUGCACUGGGUUACCUGUUGACAUCAGUGCAAACCUAAUUCACAGUGAAUCACAGUGUAGCAAUACUAACAUGAAUAUAUUAUAAACAGUAGAAUUAAUAGGAUUGAGAGGGGUUCUGUUGUGCGGGCCUCAAAUAUGGAGACAAAUACUUCCAACCAUAACAUAAAGGGUUAUGAAUAAAAAAAUGAAACAGGGGCCCUUUUUUUUCAAAGAUGGACACCACUAGUAUAGUUUUACAACUGCAUAACAUUCUCACCAGCAGAUGCACAUACAGUAGAUAUAUUAGUAAAACAUACCAUUCACAUGCUCAUCUGUUAGCAAAUGCACACCGUUUAGAUCUAAAAGUGUAAGGUUAUGCACAAAGACAAACAAAGAAAUCCUCUCUGUUGCAGCAGUAAAGUUAAUACUCGUGGUGGGUGUUUGGAUCAGUCUGCCACAUGUGCAUACAGCACAGUCAACGUGUUUAUGGAAAUUGCAGCUGUAGUUUUCGUGUAGCAGGAACUUCCAUUUGACUUCACCUCAUGUCGCUGUAUCAAAGCUUCUGGAAGCCAUCUCCCAUUUAACUCCCCCACGUCCCCACAUGUGCUGUAUGUUGUUUGAUAUGUAUUAUUACCAUGUACUAUAUCAUGAGUAGAUAUAAAUAUAUAAUUACAUGAAAUGAGGUAAAUAUUUGCUGUGGAUAAACAAAUGGAAACUUGCUCUAAUUAGAAGAAAGAGGAGGCUGUGUCUCCAUGAGUGAAGUCAAUGAGGAAUACAUUUUUGUGUAUUACUUUUGUAUUAUUUGGUCUUACCCUGAUAGAUAUUAAAGAGUUCUUGUUGCA